AUGUCAGACUCAGACUCAGGGUUCACAGGAACCGGAACCGGAGGUGACUCUCUCACGGUCAACUUGAACGAACAGUUUGUUGCUGCUGACAUGGUUUGGGUUGGCACUUCUGCUGUAUUGGUGUGGAUUAUGAUUCCUGGAGUUGGAUUGUUGUACUCAGGAGUUUCUAGAAAAAGACAUGCUCUUUCACUUUUAUGGGCCUCACUUAUGGCUGCCUGUCUUACUGGCUUCCAGUGGUUCUUCUGGGGCUACUCGCUUGUGUUCUCCCACAGCACCUCUUCUCACUUCUUGGGUACUUUGGAUAACUUCUGCUUGAAGCAAGUGCUUGGUGCACCAUCUGUUGUUACCACCUUGCCUGAUAUUUUGUUCUGCUUGUUCCAGGGUAUGUUCGCAGCCGUGACGGCCAUUUUGAUGGUUGGUGCUGGUUGUGAAAGAGCUAGGUUGGGUCCUAUGAUGGUUUUCCUCUUUAUCUGGUUGACUGUCGUUUACUGUCCUAUCGCCUACUGGACGUGGGGAGGUGACGGAUGGUUGUUCAACUUGGGAGGAUUGGAUUUCGCUGGUGGAGGACCAGUCCACGAGAACUCGGGUUUCGCUGCUUUGGCUUACUCGCUUGUAUUGGGUAAGAGACACGAUCCUUUGACUGUUGGUAAGGUGCCAAAGUACAAGCCCCACUCAGUCACUUCCAUUGUCUUUGGAACCAUCUUUUUGUGGUUCGGCUGGUUUGGUUUCAACGGUGGUUCCACUGGUAACGCUACCAUCAGAUCCUGGUAUGCCUGUGUUAACACCAACUUGGCUGCUGCUUGCGGUGGUUUGACCUGGAUGAUUGUGGACUGGUUUAGAACUGGAGGUAAGUGGUCCACCGUUGGCUUGUGUAUGGGAGCCAUUGCUGGUCUCGUUGGUAUCACUCCUGCUGCUGGUUUCGUUCCAGUGUACACUGCUGUUGCUUUCGGAGUGGUUCCAGCCAUUGUUUGUAACUUUGCCGUGGACUUGAAGUCUAUCUUGCAGAUUGACGAUGGUAUGGAUGUGUUUGCUUUGCACGGAGUCGGAGGUUUCAUGGGUUCCUUAAUGACCGGAUUGUUUGCUGCUGACUACGUUGCUGCUACCGACGGUUCCACUGUUAUUGACGGAGGUUGGAUGAACCACCAUUAUAUUCAGUUGGGUUACCAAUUGGCCGGUUCAGUGUCCAUUGGUGCCUACUCGUUCACCGUUACUGCUAUCAUCUUGUACAUCUUGGACAAGAUUCCAUUCUUGAGAUUGAGAUUGCACGAGGAUGAGGAGUUGAUGGGUGUAGACUUGGCCGAGAUUGGUGAGUACGCCUACUACCAGGAGGAUGAGGACUCGACUGGCUUGGGUCCUAAGUCUUCGCCUUAUGUGUUGGAGCCAAUCAGAUCCAACGACCCUAAAGUUGCUAAGUUGAGAGAGGCAGCUAAGAAGGAGAAGCAUGUGGAGGGUGUAGAAGGUACAGCACCUAACGGCGAGACGUUUUCUCCUGUCGAUCUGAGUGACAACAGCGGGGCUAAGUAA